GGGUACGUGUAAGCAGGGGGGGACGACAGAAGAGUUCGCUUUCAUGGCCGAGAAGAGCCAAAUCCAGAGCUAGAUCGAUAAUUCAGCCGAAUCUUUUCAACAAUAAGUAAAUAAAGCGCCUCAAAUCCCGGGCUGAGUCAUCGAGUCCAGUUCGAGCAGAAAGACGGCACUUUUCUGAAGGGCUUAAUUAUACAGGAGGCAACGAUCCUCCUUAAAACUACGGAGAGAUCAAGACUUUGAUACCAGUAGGCAGGCAAAGGGGAAGGAAGGGGAAACAAGACACGUCCAAUUUUCUUUAGAAAUAAAGGCGCGUUUGGAAAGAGAACUCGCUUCUUCUUUUUCUUUUUUUUAAAAAAAAGCCUUUUCAUAGUUAUGCUGACGUUCUUAAGAGACUCGAUAAUUUUGCUCUACAAGCAGUGAAUUUUGCAUUUUUAUACGUGGGAGGUUUGGGUGAUUCUUUUUUCUUUUUUUAAUCCCACGGUCCUGUUUCGAGAGAGAGAAAAUCAGGACUUGCUUUAAAAUAGAAUCAAAAUCCAAACUGCCAGCUGCAUCCGUCUCCACCUGAGCGCGCUUGAAAUCUAAAGCAUCAAAUUAUACGAUUGGAAACCAAGACAGGAAGGGACUGAGCAAGAGGGAACAACAGCUCGAAAUAUUUUUUUUUCUCAUUAUUAUUCCUCUCCUGCUUGCACCUUGGACAAUGUACCAGGACUUUCCGACGAAUUUUGAUACCUCCUCUCGAGGCAGCAGCACUUCUCCAGGGCAUCCGGAAACUUACUCGAGCAUCACAACUCAACAGAAAUUCCGGGUCGAUAUGCCAGGAUCGAGCAACACAUUUAUUCCUACUCUCAACGCAAUAACCACCAGCCAAGAUCUACAGUGGAUGGUUCAGCCCACCGUGAUAACCUCCAUGCCAAGUGCCUACUCUCGCUCGCAUCCCUACAGCCACGCAUUGCCCAAUCUGUCUUCAGUUACUGGACACACAGCCCUACAAAGGCCUGGUGUUAUUAAAACCAUUGGGACCACCGUGGGCAGGAGGAGAAGAGAUGAACAGUUAUCACCUGAAGAAGAAGAGAAGCGAAGAAUUAGAAGAGAAAGGAACAAGCUAGCAGCAGCAAAAUGCCGUAACAGACGCCGAGAGCUGACUGAGAAACUCCAGGCAGAAACAGAGGAGCUGGAGGAGGAGAAAUCAGUGCUGCAAAAGGAGAUUGCUGAACUAGAGAAAGAGAAAGAGAAGCUGAAAUUCAUGUUAAUGGCGCAUAGCCCCAUGUGCAAGAUCACCCCCGAAGGGCAUCAAACCCCUCCACCUCAUAACCUCCAGGCCCUGAGGACUGGAAUGAGUGGCCAUGUGGUGGUGAAGCAAGAGCCUGUGGAGGAAGAGAUCCCCUCUUCCUCUUUAGAUCCUGAAAAAGGGCAGAGAUCUGUCAUUAAGCCCAUCAGCAUUGUUGGAGGGUUUUAUGGAGAAGAGCCACUCAACACACCUAUUGUGGUGACUUCAACUCCUGCUGUUACCCCUGGAACAUCCAACUUGGUCUUCACCUAUCCCAGCGUGCUGGACCAGGAUUCACCACUCUCUCCAUCAGAAUCCUGUUCCAAAGCUCACCGGAGGAGCAGCAGCAGUGGGGAUCAGUCAUCUGAUUCCUUGAACUCUCCAACUCUACUGGCGCUGUAACUCUUUAGCCACCACUCCACCCAGUUACUGUUGGUGGGGGAAAGCUCCACCUCAAGAUCAGAGACAGCACAAUGGCAUUUGAGCACAAGGCCAACAAGAGCCAGGAAAGGAAAUGAUGUUGCUCCAGAUAUUUCCUUAGACAGGAAGACUAGAACAAAUGAAAGCUAUAUCAGUCUGGAGUUGGUAAGCAGCAGUCACCAUCCCAGGACCCAACGGUGAGGGGUUUUCCCUCCUUCACCAGUUACUGCAGUGGAUGUGACCAUCCAUAAAUUGCUAGCUGUUUUCCUGUUAGGCUGAUGAAUGGACUGUCUGACCUGGCUCCUUCUCCUGCGCUAAGUAGUACAUUCCAGUUAGUUGAUCUCAUUUGGGCCUUAACAUUUUCUUGAUUUUUGUUGGAUACCAUGACAUUUCGAAAACUCUAAAGGCUUGCUGAACCACUGCUGAUAUUGAGAGCUGCCUCGUGGGAAUGUUUGCCAUAUUGGGUGGCUUUUGGCACAGGGUGGAAGUUUUGGGGGAGAAGGGAAAUUUAUUACAGGUCCAAAUGGUUCUUCAAAAGUUACACAUCCAGUGUCUUCAUUAGGCAAUGGGGAAAGUGACGGGGAAACUGGUUGACAAAAAGAGAAGCGUCUCCCUGAAGACAAUAGAGAACAGUGCACUGUCUACAAAGGCUGUAUCUGCAACAUACCUUCGUCAGUGGGCUAGGAGUGGUGCCAAGAGGGCUGGGGAAAUGCCAGAGUGGGUUUCCACUAAGCCUUUGUUUCUGGCAUGAUGUCUUCUGUAAUUAGUGUUUGUCAAAUCUGUUGCAGGACCCUGUGUUUUCUUUCCUUUUGGCUGCCAGCCAGCCACUUUGGGUGUGAUGCAGCUUCCUGUGAAGUAUGCCUGAAUCACAUGCUGGUGUUGUUUCUCAAACAAAGCUACCAGCUUCCAGAUUGCGGAUGGUUGUCUUUGCCCAGUGCUACCAUUCUUCUUGUGGCUGACCAGGAAAGGGGAUUAAUUUGAGGGAGAACGUGCAAGAAGCUCCCUUGGAGAAAUUUUCCCCCUUUGGCUAAAUUUCAAUCAUUGGGACCUGGCCAGGGUUAUGCACAUUGGCACCUGAUGGUGUCAGGCCAAAUCAGUCCUUAAUUGUCCUUUUUCUGGUCCUAGAGACCACUGAAGAAAAAUGGAUUCUGCACUUUGCCUCCUGCUGCAUUUGGUGUUUCCAACUCUUAAUUAAAUAUGGCUGAUAAAAUCUGUGCUCACUACUGAAAAAGGCAGCAUGUUUCACUUAUGUACAUCUCCUGUAGUGCCAAGCAUUGAUGCAACUGUACUUAAAGAAUUUGCAGAUUUCAGCAGGGAUUCCCACAGAUAAAUUGGAGAGAGGUUAGCUUUAUCUUCAUCUGGAAGCAGACAGUUUUACUCUAAAACUUGUUCUUUAUAAAACACACAAUAUAGCUCAAGUUAAUGGUAAACAUAAUAAUGACUGGGUCUUUUUCUUUUAUGUGAUCUGUGGGUCAGCAAGGCAAGGGAGCUGAUAGAUUUUUUACCCCAUUGUGCGCUUCAGAGAUCAGGUUCUUGAGUUUGGGCAGGAUCUUCUUCAAGCCAUGUUAACUCCUGUGGUGAGCAUCAUCGCCUCUCUUCAAGCUUUGCCUUAAAAGCUGGGAAACUGCCAUCUUGAUUCAAAGUUAAUUUUCAUUGAUAUCAGUGAUCACAUUCCUGUUUAUUUUUAAUGCGUCUGGAUCACAGGCAUAGUUCGGAAUAUAAUGCUAGGCUAUUUGAUCAGAGUUUCUAGUUAAUUAAGUUUUUAGAAUGAUCUAGAUUAUGGGUUUUUAUUUCCUAAUAAGAAAAGUCAGAUUCAGUGGCAUGAAUGAAAUCCAGGGAAUUUGAGUACUGUAAAGGUGGUGUUUGAUUCAAGUGGAGCUCAGUUCUUGGUCAUUUCAUGGACAUGUUUAUGUCAUUUUUUUGGACAACAAUGGCGACUUGCCUUCUUCAAGGAUAUUUUUGACUACAGUCUAAUUUGCAAUCUGGGAUUCCCUAGAGGAUUGAAUCUAGAAUCUUGAAUCUAGAAUUGACUAGAUUCAAAACAAACUCCGCUUAGCUUCUAAACCCAGAAAUGACUGAUGAAGUUUCAUUAUCUAUUUUUGCCUAUGCUGGCCAUAGGAGGAGGGGGAAAAAUUCUGGCUCCUGGAAGAACAUCUGACCACUAAACAUGCCCUAGGUAUUACUGAACACUAUCAAGUUUCUAUUUAUAGCAAUAAAUGCCAAAUAUUUGCUUUAUAGGAAAAAAGGGUGUACAAACUGAUUUUUCUGUUAUUUCCUAUUGCAAAUUCUAUGUUUAUUGAACUAAUUUAAAUCAGCCGUCCCAAUUUAUGCUCUACGUGCAACACCAUAGUCUGAGCCAAAAGUCAUGUGGUGAACAAGAGUUUUUCUGUAAAAAUGUUGAGCUGUAUCAUGUUGAGGAAGGCUGGUGUAAAACCAGAAUGAAAAGUUGUCUAAAAUGUUGUAUUGCUCAAGGUUCAGACUUCAGCAUCUCAUGUUUGAUAUUUUAAGGAGGAUUCUGAUCUUAAUGGGAAAGGAAGGCCAACAUUUUCUUGUCACUAGAAUCAAUAGGAACUGCUCAAUAUACUUAUGUCAGAAGUAAGGGACCAAUGCUUCCCUGCCUUAAUUCUGCCUUCAGAAUUAAAAUUGCCAUAGUUCAUUUAGUACAAAUUCCAUCUCCUUAGGAAUUAAUGGAAAACUAAAGGAUAAAUAAAAUAAAAUAAUUUGAUCUGCAAUCUUGGAAGUUAAAUGAUUAUUGGCAGGAGAGGACAAUAUUCUGUGCAAAUUUUCAUUCUAUUAAUGUUGUGCCAGUAGUUAGGUAUUCAGUUCCACGUUGAAUCUAUGACCUUGCCAUCAUUCCGCAGAUAAACCUGCAGCUAAUAUGUGCUUUUUCAAGAAGUGUUGCUCCAGAAAACUGGGAGAAUUGAAGAAAGUACCUGAGUAGUGAUCCUUUUGUUCUAAUUCCAUGAAGCAGGACAUGAUGGUGCUGAGAUCAAUCCGAUAGAAAGUAGAAAAAUGUUUCAGGCUUGGCGAAGGAACAGCAAUCUUAAGGGAUGCUUCUAGAUAUCUAGAGUUCUGUACUUGGUUCUGGUUGUAGUGUCAGAUCUCUCCAGAUAAUUUGAGCUUGCUUCUCAUUUUAUUUUUAUACCAAUGGGUUUGUGUGUGCCAGUUGGAUGAUGGUUCCUGGAACCUAGCAAAAGUAGAUUUAUAUUUGGUUCAUCCAAUCUUGUUACUUCAAGCAGGUUGAAGUAAAUGAGGCCAUUAUGCUCUACCAGUAAGUAGUUGUCUUUGUGGCUAAUACAUUUUGGUCAACCUUGUAUAAUUGGUUCAUUAAUGUGUUCAGAUUGAACACUGCCAUAUUUUGGGUAGUUGAAUCCAGCUUUUUAUUCCAGUUUUGGCUUUUCUUUGGCAUCUUUUUAAAUAUGCACAUUUAUACCUUGAAAUGGCAUAUUUGCAUUUUCCCUUCUGCCUCGCAGGUGUAAAUGCUGUAAAAUGUUCGCAUGGCACAACCUCUUCUGUUUUGGCUUUAUCUUCCACAAGCUUCUGACAGAGACCUAUGUUUUAUCAUUCUCCCAACUCGCUGAAGAUGACGUAGUAGUAGGAAUUACUUAGCCUCUUGAGAGCAAUAUAGGAUGGCAUCUUACACACGGCUAGUGGUGAUAAGUAACAUCUCAGAUCUAGUUUUCUGUGGUACAGUUCUGUAACACGCGUGUGCGUGAAGACCUAAUAACAGCUUUUGUGCAAUAAAGCAAACUUGAGAAGUUUUGUAGAAUACGUUGUAUCCAAAUCUUUUACAAUCUGUAGGAUUUAUAAGUCUCUGAUCUGACAAUGUUUUGCCCAGCUACAUUAAGACUUAUAUGCAUGCCUUGAUAGAAAGCAAUUCUUGUUCUUGCAGUAUUUGCGGGGGGGGGGGAGCAUCUUUUCCAGAGAAAAAGUCUAUUUGUCUCCCAACACUAAUGCAUUUUAUCUCUCUUUAUCUCUCUGCUUCCUACCCAUUCUUGGUUCUAAUGUUUAUACUUGACUUUUUAUUUCCAUUAGAAAACAAUCCAGCAAACUCUUUGCUUUGCAGCUUCUGUUAAUUUCAACCUGUUUUGACCUGAUGACACAGCUAGAGGUGGUGUAGUCACUGGGUUUAAUGAAUUUUGCUUAGAAAACUGGCUGAAGAAUUGUGAUAUAACAGGACCUGAGGUGGUCAUAUCAGUAUCAAAGGAUUUUUUAACAAAAAUGUCCUUAUUAUAUUGUUUUAUUUAAUUCAUUCACUAGGUUCAUUUGAACUUAGCAGUAUGCUGCUUCUGUAUUCCACCCAAUCAUAAAAACACUCAUUAUUUCUUAUUUAUUGGCAAGCAAACAUUUUUUUGUGUUGGCUACAAUGAAUCUGCCCACCAUUAAUUAAACAACUUUUUUAUGCCAAAAUGAAAUUAAUCAGAGAGGGUCAAAUAUUUUAAAAGAGAAUGCAAAUGAUAGCAUAUCUUUCUUGUUUUUUUUUACAUAGACAUAUAAUGUUUACAUCUUUUUUUGCCGCAGAUCUGGAUUUGAAAAAAUAUUUUUUCCCUACUGGUUUUUAAAAUCUUGAUUUUUUUAAAAAAUAAAAAUAGUUAGACAUGGUAAGGGUUAAUAAUUUCUCUCCUUCCCUUUGUAUAAUUUUUCAAUGAAUUUUCUUGGUGCUUCAUUUUGGUUCUAAUUGUUGUUCUGUUCAAAACUUCAUGAAUAUCAAUUCUGUUUAGAAAUGGUUUAGUAGUCUCAGUUUCAUGUUCUUUUCAUUCAUGAGAAUUAUUCUUUUCUGGUGGGGGAGAGGUUUCAUUAAGCCAUAAGUAUCUAUCUGUGCAAUAAACACUAGGCAAGAGCUUUCAAAAAAGGUUGGUAUCUUGGUCAUAAUGUGCUUUGUAGACAAAAUUUUCCAGGGCUUUUCUAAGUAGGGCUGCUUCAAUUGCUGAAUGAAACAGACUUAUCUAUAAUUCACUUUCUGUUUCUUCCAAAAAGUGGUUCCUGUGAUCACGUUCAACAUUCCAUUUAGGUGGCAUUUUUGCAUAUCCGUAUAAUCCUAAUGUGUGUUUUAUUCCAAUUUAUUAAAAAUCCAUUCUGCAGGCAGAAAGAUCUAAAAUGGGCAAGCAGAAUAUGAUUUAAUUCCCACAGCAAGAGUAAAAAUGAUGCCCUUCCAUUAUAUCCAUUGGUUUGCGUGUAAAUUGGUGUUUUUUUAAAAAAAAAUGGCAACAAAGAAUGCUGAUUUGAUUCCAUAUCCAGGCUGAUGGAAUAGAUUGUCUAACGCUGUUUUUGGCGUACACAAAAGAAAAGAAUAUCAUAGCAAAAAAAAAAAGAAACCCAAAACGGAAAAUCUGCAAGAACACCAAAUUGUACACGUAUAUGCAUAUUUUCCAAUUAUAGAAAACAAAGCCAGAAGAACUGAAGGAAGUAAACUUUUUUAUGUCUUUCUCUGCAAAUCUCAUGAGAUUAAUAAGAACCAUAAAGAUUAGGAAAAAUUGGGAAGAGGUGGGAGAAGCUCCAAAACUUACCUAUCUAUCAAAAGGGAGGGGAUUCUCUUAUAUAAAAUGUACAGAGAAAUGGUUUCUAAAAAUGAGCUUUCAAUCUUCUUCAAAUUAUAAGAAGGGAACAAGAGAAUUCUCUCUCAGUAAAAUACUAUUUUUCUAUCCUAAAAAUGGUUCUGCUCCCUUCCCAUCUUGAAUUUUAAUACUGUUCUGAUUCUUUUGUGGCUGUUUUGACGUAGGAUAACCAGAAUUAUAUGUUGAAAAUAGACAUUUGGUCUGUCUCAGUGAGCAGAUAAAUGUUGUGCAUGUGUAUAGAUUCUACUGUGUAGUCCCAAUAAAUAUUGGUAAGAAAAAGUGCAUCUUCAUUAGCACAGUAAAUUGAUGGCAUAAAAUGAAAGAAUGCUUUAGGAUCAAAGGGCCCGAUUCUCUCUUUGUUUAUGACUGUGAUCUUAAAUGCAUUCACCUUAGAUGUACGUACACCAGUGUUAUAAUCAGUAGAAAAAAUUGUUUCAGUGGUUUUAUUUUUUCCCAUCAUAUAUACAAAUCCAUAAAGAUCUUUAUUUUUUAUUUCCACACAUCCAAAAGGUUUGCGUUUCUUUUUCCCCAACAAGGGGUGAAAUAAGUUUGGAUAGCCGUGAUUUAAAUUGGGAGCCCUUUUCUGAAUGUCUGUGUAAGAUCUCUCAUUGGCAGAGAAACUUGCCGGGGAGGUCAUCUUAUUCCUUUUCUUGUAAUGCAGGCCUACAAUAUUUGCACUAAAAUUAACAAAAAUAAUGGUGUGGAGGUGGUUUAAAGAAAGGUUGCUGCUAUGAGAGAAAGAACUUAAAAGAAUGGCCGUGCUUUUACAGAUUUUAAUGUACCAUUUUGUAAAAUGAAAUCAGUCUAGAUGGAAAAGAAUGAAGGUUUUAUAUGUAUGUGUGUGUAUAAAAUUAUAAUUAUUAUUUUUUACUUUCUCUUGCUGUUCAUUUCCACAUCCCACUUGAUUCUACUCUGUGUUCUUUCAUUGCUACUUUUGUGAUUGUGUUCAUUAGCCCCAUCCCCAAGUUUAAACACUUGUAAAUGAUGCUUUCAUGGCACUGCAGACACCUUUUUUUGUUUGUACAGUGAGAUCUAACUGGAGUUCUUCUCUCUCUUCAGUUGAAUUCAUUAAAAAAAUUUCUUUGUUAUGA